CGAAGAUCGGAUUGGCGUUUAUUUUUCUCACCGUCCCUGUCCUCUCAGGGUUGGUGUGAUUGCAGCGCCAGACAAUCUCGUUUGGAUACUUAAUCUGAUGAUCCCAAACUCGUUGGAAGAUCUGUGAGGUGAAGAAGGGAGAAGAUCUUACGCCAGAGGCUGGAUCUUUUUUCUACGGUCAGGAAAUUUUAGAUCUCGGAAAGAUGGAUCAAGAGGACGAUCAUUCUAGAAAAGAUCUAAAUUGACGUUCUCGAAGGGAGACAACUCGAAAUACAAGAUCAAGACGGGGUCCGACUUCUUGUCACGCGAUCAACAAAAAUAUGACCGCCCAUUUUUGAAACAUGCGAGAUCACUUUUUACUACCUAGCAAUCCCUAAAACUUCACUCCAUUGUCUGCAUCUUCCUCAUCUGAACUCAAGCUCACGACUAACUCCCCAAAACUUCACUCCAUAUCUAAGUUUCUAUCAUCUAAACCCACGACUAACAGGGGACCACGUAUCUUUUAUUAGUACUCGUAGUGCUAGUAAAAUCUCCCACAAAGAAAAUGGUUGCUCGUUCUGGUGUCGCAGCUGGCCGUGACCGCGGUCACAUCACCACCGAGCGUGUGGUGAAGCAGCGUCCGUCCACGAUGAAGGGAAAGAAAUCCGCCAAGUACUAUUCUUAUACUUGUGUUUUUACAACUGACCAUACUAAGCCUCUAGAUACAAUUACGCUAUUUCUAAAUUCGGAAAUAGUAUUAGAUAAAGUUCACGUGUAGGGUAGAUAUAGAUAGAAUUUACGUUUGAUUAUGAUGCUAGAAGACAGAAGGUCGGUGUGAUUUGGAAUGGUCGAAGAAACGGCUUUCGAUAUUCAUCUCGAAUAUUCGACCGCCUUCCUGUAGGUAGCAUGCACAAUGAUCCAUCAAAACAAACUCUCACAUCAGUCUCUCUGUUACGCAAAAUAAACAUCUGCACAUCCAAAACAAACAUCAGGGUUGCCCUUGUGCGUGAGGUGAUCCGUGAGACCGCUGGCUUCGCUCCGUAUGAGCGUCGCGUUAUGGAGCUCAUCAAGAUGGGAUCCGCCUCUUCCCAAAAGCGUGCUUUGAAGUACGCCAAGAAGCGUUUGGGCACGCACAAGCGCGGAAAGAAGAAGAAAGAGGAGAUGACCGAAGCCAUCGCUCAGAUGCGUAAGAAGCAUUAAGCAGCUUACCUCUGCGUGGAAUCGAGCGCCAUAAGGAUGGGGACGACGAUAUAGGCAGCAGACGGCUCUACCUUGCAAAGUCUUCGAUGGCGGAUGAGCCAAAUGAUGGAGAAGUCUUCAUGAUGGAGAAGUCUUGAUGAUGGAGAAGUCUUGGAGGAGCUCCCAAAUGGAGAAGUCUUCUGAUGGAGAAGUCUUGUGUGAAGACACUGAGAAUGACACUCUAGCAUACUGCGUAAGACUCUUUCGUACGAAGUAGGUUUGUGAUCUAGAGACGUCUGUGGACGUCCUGCCUGGGAGAAAACAACGACUUUCGAGUCCGCAAUUACCUCUAGACCAACAUGGUGGUGCGAGGAGUUUGAGACGAGGCAUUGCUCGUGUUUGGGCCUGAAGUGCUUCUGAUUCGGUAGUCUGUGCUCGCUCGGUACCAAUAUUCUCACUUGGGAACUUUUCAGAUCAGUGACAAACUUUUGUGGG